AAAAUAAGAUGUAUAGAUGGAGGACGUCAAUGAUGGAUUGAGAGAAUUUUACAAGUUCUCUAUAUAAUCUACUACAGGUGAAAAUGAACAUGAUUUAAUGUAAUGGAUGGAAACAUUAACGUCCUUGGAUAUUCGUUUCAUGUUGUUGUUGUUGAUGUGUUGAUGUUCACUUUUAACUUAACAUAACGAGAAUACUAUCUAAGUAAAAGCAAGCAUGGAUAACCGUCUUUAUCUUUUCAAAGGAAGAAAUGGAAAAUGGGAAAGGCAAUAUCGACGUAAACUACUUCCUUGUAUACAGUCCAAACCGGAGGACGAAUACCUGAGAUUUAUAUUUGAAUGUAAACCAUGCUCUGUUACUCUUACUGACGUCAUGAAAUGUUCUGAAAGUGAUUUGAGGGAUGGUUCGAGAAAGUUAUUACAAGCUGGGAAAAUAUUUGAAGAUAAAAAUGACAAAAUACCAAAAUCAAAAUCCACCUAUUCGCGAAAGAAGAGUAGCGUCAUAAAUAAAAAGUUUUCUGAGAAGAAAACAAUGAAAAAAUCUUCGAAUAGAAUAUUUACCAAAAAUGAAUAUUUGUACAAAUUGGCGUCUUCGUACAACAGUUUAAAGUCAAUUUUCAUGAAAAGACAAUGCAGGAUAAAAAGAAGAAAGCUUGUAUCAUAUGUUAAAGCUUAUCAAAAGAAAAGUAAAUUGUCUAAAAUAUCUGAAUCAGAAAUGGCUAGUCAUGGUCCGGUUUUAACAGGCGAAAGAGUAUUUGAUCAACUUAAUAUGAAACAUACACUAAACUUGGUGGACAAAAGAAGUCAGUCAAAUGAGUGUAAUAUGGGAUUUAAAGAAACUACAAAACCGUUAAUGACGAAAGAUGUACCCCACAAGACAGUUUAUUCUCUACUGAAAGAAAGUAGUGACAUUGCUGAAAUGUUUUGUGAUUUGAAUCAUGCUAAUAUUUCUGUAUCCGGAGAAUCUGACAUAACUUUGCAGCGCUGUGAACCACCAAAAGAGUAUACAUUAAGCUGUGAUUAUAAGAACAGUUCUUUUAGGUCUCAAAAGCAAAAUCUCACGGAGUCACCCAUUGAUAUUCAUUUCUUAAAUACUCCAUUUCAAUGCACGGAUUGUGAAGUAAUCUUUCCGACCAGAAAUGUUGCAUUCCGACAUUCACGACACUGUCAUGCUGAAAAGGACUCUAAGUUGAUAGCUCUUCUUCCAGUGAAAGAGAAAGACUAUCAUAAUGAAAUGAAACAAUCACACCAAACAAUAAAAUCGUUUUCAAGAAUACGGGAUUUCGAAGCUUUAAAGAAAGGAAGCGAAUGCUUCUGUUGUUGUUAUUGCUACCUUUCAAAGGAAAGUCUUGUUUCAAUAAAUGAACACAUAGAACAAACCCACAAUAAAAUCGUUCUCUACAUUUGCUUAUUAUGUGACAAAACAAUUCAUGGCUACAAACAAGGACUUAUUCCCCAUUUCCAGUUUGAACAUCCGGACCAGAUUAUUCAAUACAGACAGGUCUCAGGUUUCUAUAAUGUUAGAAAUGCCAACAUCAAGCCACAUGAGGGAAGGGAUAAAUAUAUUCAAAAUGAAAAUAGCCAAAGAACUUGUAAUAAAGUGAGCUUUUCUGAUAGGGAUUAUGUCGUUAGCACUGAAGCAGACAGUACAGUUACAGAAGACGAAAUAGUUCAGCGGAAUAACUAUGACUUCACUAAAAAUAAACAGGAAGAAUUCCUUCCGACUGUAAAAGAACAGACACAAGACAGAACAGAAAUUUCGGAAAAAAAACCGGAUAAAAAUACCCCGAAUGAAGGAAUAGAGAAAGGAGAUAAAAGGGACAACCCCAUUCAUAAUGCACUGAAUGAAUUAACAGGUGAAGCGGUGUUCAAUAAUGCGCUUGGCAUAAGAAUAGUUGAUGUUAUGAGUCUUCAUCCCAAAAGUAACAUUGAUAACAUAUUGUGGCAAGGAGGUGAGAGUCCGAGCAUCACAUCGAUACAAACCAACGAAAAAACUUUAAAUGAUGUGCACAAACCAGAAAGGUUCGAGGAAACAAGUGAAAAACAGAACGUAUUUGACAGAAGUCAGUAUUUUUCUAGAAAAUGGUCGUCAAAGUCAUGUACGUACAGUGCUUGUAAUGUUGAUCCCCUUCUUUUGUCUCACAUGACUGACCUUCUACAUAUUACACAAAUCGAAAUCAAAAAUUUGUUUGAUUGUUCCUUGUGUUACAAAAGAAGUCCCAAUGCUACAAACCAGUGUAAUGAGAGUAUCCUCGGAUUCAAAGAAACUGCAAAACCUUUAAUGACGAAAGAUUUACCACACAAGACAUUUUAUUCUUUACUAAAGGCAAGCAAGAAGAGAUUACGCUUAAUAGAAGUACAUGUUGGAGAUAUCCACAUAAGAAACGACAAGUACGCCAACGAGACAGCGAUAUACAUCUGCUCUAGAUGCAAAGAAAAUAUGCCAGCAUUAUUUUUCGUUGAUGAUCACUUAAACAGUAAACAUAAGAAUUUGUUUGUAACUUUAAAUUCAAAGAUGAAUGAGCGUAAGGAAUCAGAAAUUGUUAGGAAUUUGAUAGAUGAUGUACAUUUGUGUCUAGCUAUUGAUACAAAUCUGUAUAAUGCCGUUCAGAAUACUCUACAGGAGAAAAUUACCAAAAAGGAACUAAACAAAAAGUUAGAUUGUCAUUCCACGAAACCAAAUGAAUCAGAAGACGGAGAACUUCUUGCAACAACCAAACAACUAAUUGAAAAAACAAAUGUAGGAGAAUCAAGUCAGUCAAAGAAAAAAAUUAUUAACUCAAAUAAAACUGGUUUUAACAUCAGCUAUAUAAAAAACGUUGACAAAGUAACAGGAGAUAUUCAAUCACCAUUUGAUAGUCAUGAUCCAUCAUUAUAUCAAACAAAACAAUCUCCUAAAAAGACAAAUGGGGCUCAGCCAACAACUUCUAAAAUUAUGCCCGUAACAGGCAAACCAGAAUUAAACUGUCGUUUAUCGAAAACACAACAGUUAAUAGCUGUGAGUUCUUCCUGCGAUAAACAUGCCGUUAACGAUGAAACCAAAAUACAGUCUUCAGACGAUGACGUAUUCAUUAUUGAUGAAAUGUGUACGGAUAAUAAAAGGAUCUGCAAUUCAAUGAGAAAAUCGCCACUGGUACCUUUACGCAAGCAGGAAGUUUUCGUCGGUUCAACGAACCCGUGUAAAGAACAUUUCAAACAUUUUAUUGAUGAGGUUGUAUAUCAAGGUACUUCUGUUGAUAACAAGAUAAUGUAUUCUGGAUAUACAUCUCAACCAAUUAGGCCUGUCGUAUAUCCGCAACUUCCAGCUGUUAUAAACAGUCACAAAAAUGAAAACGCAAACUACAAAUCAAUUAGUAAGGGUAACACCUACCAUAUACAAACAAAGCAAUGUACACAAAAGCUAUAUCCUGGAAUACAAAUAUCCGGAAAAAAGCAACAUCAUUACCGGAAUUUGUUUCCCGUGGACAACAGAGUCGACGUUAAAAAUGAUCACAGACUGUUGACAAAAUUGGCGACUAACAAUGAAAGCUACCAUCAGGGUGUAAGAAUGACUUCAUUGAAUCCUUCUCAAAACAAUUACAAUAAAGAAUACAUUAAUCAUGGAUCAGAGAAAUCAGCUCAAAGGACCUGCAUACACACUCAUCAAUUAGGCAAUCAUACACAGUACCCCCUAUCAAUCGGUCAAUAUAAUGUUAUCAAUGAAAGAAAUAGAGAAAUUGCCGAUUGUUUUACUUCCAAAAUUAAUGAAAAUAAACAUGGGUUUCCUUCAUGUAUCAUGUUGCAAGAUCAACAAACAUGCAAUGAAUAUGAUAGAGCAAAUUUUCCAUUAUCACGACGCACGCACAGAACAAUUUCCGAUGGAAUACAUUCUAAGAGCAAUAUAAGACCAGUUAUUCCUUAUGCAAAUUACCGGACAUAUCCUACAAGAACACUACAGGAACAGCCGAUUUCAGAUGGUCCUAUGUCAAUAAAUCAACGCUUUAUCCGUAGAUAUCCAUUAAAUAAUCAUCGGCAUAAUCAAAGGAGAAGAGAACCUGUGAUAUAUAGCCAGAAAUUUUGCCAGCCAAGAUCUGCAACGUCGUCGUAUUUCAAAAACCAGACUAUAUUUCCUGAAAAUGUACAUCCGUAUGAUUUGCCUCUUCAAAAUGUAAAUAUCGAAGAGGUCAGGCAAAGUAGACCAAGUAACUGGCGUGAUUGUGACAGAGUACAACAGAAUUGUUUAUCACAUAUGGAAAUUCAAACAACUUCUCAUGAAUAUUCAGACGAUACGUCACCUGCAAAGUAUGAUAUGUGCAAGUUUACACCUGUUGGCCAACAUCGGCUUUGUGAAAGAACGCCACAUUUUUUGUAAUUACUUUUUGAAUUUGUCAAAUGAGUGAAUCUUAAUUUACAUUGAAGUUUCCAUGUUGUUUUAAUCGUAGCUUUUAAUAUCUGCUCAUUUCCUUUCAAGAUUUAUGUUUUCCGUGACCAUAAACUGUAGUAAGAAUUGUGACAUCUUAUUUAGAGAUUCAUAUGAAUGAAUAACUAUUAGAACAAAAUUAGAUAAUUGAAAGUUAUAAAUAAUGUGCUGAAAAUAAUAUAAGAUGUCAUAUAUACAUUGCUAAGUUAACGGAUGCAUGUUUCAUGGCAUAUUCGCAACGCACAAGGAAAACAAUAUGAUAGAUUUGCUACAGAUUUCUGAAAGCAAGUGCUUCAUGCGAAUACAGAUACCGUCGAACCUCGUUGUGUCAAGAAUUCGGAUGAGUCGAAGUAAUUUCUGGGUCCCGGCAAAAUUCCACUUUUGAUCAAUGCAUAUUUACCUCUAAUGAGUCAAACUCGGUUGAUUCGAAUACUCGGUUAAGUCGAGUAAAUUUUAUAAUUCUGUAGAUGUAAAAUUAAUGUAAACUGACACUGAUGUCUCGAAGUUCAAAAGUAAGCAUUUUCGAAAGAUGCAGACCUUAUGAUAAAAAUUCAAAUCGGAUGUUACCAAAUCAUUUUCAAAAGAGAUAAAAGCUGUGUAAACAUACUUGUUUGUAUGACAACUAAAAUGACAUAUUUAUGGUGACCGGUAAUUAAAACCCUUUUUGAUUGUCCAAGCGGAACGGUAGUGUGUUGAACAUAUUUCUCCCCACAAAAAACCGAAACGAAUUUGAAUGACCCAAGUCGAGAUUGAAUGAAUCUUUAGAAUUAAAAUUCAUUAAUUACAGUAAAAAAAAAAGGAUGAAGACAAUUAUGGUAAAUUGAUAAUAAUUUAAUGCAAAGCAGACGACCUCAUGAGAGACCGUUCAGAACUUAUUUCGUUCCGCGAGCGAAUACAUAAUUUAUAGUGAAUGUUUUAUAUCUGUACUUGUGUGUUUAAUGAUUAUUAAAGACCAAACAAUACUGAAAUUGAAUACACAAUUAUAAAGUGUCAUAUCGAAAAAGACACACUGUUCAAAGUAUCUAGUUUACACAAAUCUCAUACCGUAUUUCAUGCAUUCCAAAUUUAUGACGACACACUCAACCUCGGAUGAGUCGAACCUCGGAUAAGUCGAAUAAAUACGGUUCCUUUGACUUUGACAUGACGAAGUUCGACUGUUUUAUUAAUCAGUGUUGCAGUUUGGUAAUGAAAUGGAACAUGAAUCUAUAACAUUUCGAUUCGCACUCCCCUUCAGACUUGAAUACUUGCCAAAAAAGAAGGUUAUAACGUUGCUGUGUGAAACCUGCCGAUGUUGAAAUCAUAAUGACAUGAUUUUCAUAAGCAUCUGACACACUUUCAUGUAGUUUUCAGUGAGUGACUGCAGCAAUGAUUGAAUUGGAUAUUAUUUUAUAUAACAUAAAGUGUAACAUUCUUCUGUU